AAGUAGCCAAGGCCAUUCUGUAGUUUAAUUAAUUACAUAAGCAGUUCAGGGCUAGUUGUAUUGUGAUUAUAGCUUUGAAAUUUUAAGUUGUGAACGCGUAGAUAAAAUACGAGGUGAACUGACAUGCUGCCAGUGGGAUAGCUAGCUACUAGGACGUUAGCUAGCUUAUGUCAGAGUAAACCACGCAAACAAAUGCUGGAUAGUUUUAAUGCAAGCUGUCAUCUGACUGUAGCUAACAUAACUAAGUAGCUGUCCACUGGUUGCAACAUGGGACGAAAGAAACAGGGCAAGUUUGUGCGCCCCGACAACAAGGGCAAAGACAAAAGGCAUAAAAUGAAGGGGAAAUCCUUGGAGACCUUUACAGAAGAAAUGCACACUGCUUUUGAAGCAACCCUUCACAUAGAGGAGGGAGCUGAGGCCCCUCAGGUGAAACUGCCUUGUCCACUUGCCAUGUGGGAACUAGGUCACUGUGAUCCCAAACGUUGUACCGGCAGAAAGUUGGUACGCAAGGGCUUUGUACGAAACCUGCGCCUCAAUCAGAGAUUUAACGGACUCAUUCUGAGUCCGAUGGGCACAAAGUAUGUGACUCCAGCAGACAGAGAGAUUGUGGCUCGAAGUGGGUUAGCAGUGAUCGAUUGUUCCUGGGCCAAACUGGAGGAGACUCCGUUCAAUAAGAUGGUUGGAACUCAUCCCAGGUUGCUGCCGUACCUUGUAGCUGCAAACCCUGUCAACUACGGCAAGCCCUGCAAGUUAUCUUGUGUUGAGGCUUUUGCUGCCACAUUCUGCAUUGUAGGUUUCGAAGAACUAGCAGUGCUCUUGUUGAGGAAAUUCAAGUGGGGGACAGUGUUUCUGGAUCUCAAUAAAGUUCUGCUGGACCGCUAUGCUGCUUGCCAGUCAGAGGAAGAGCUGCUGUCUGUAGAAAAGGAUUUUCUCAAGUCUAAACCGGAGGAGGAGGACUUUGAUCCAUUUGAUGUUAACUCAGGAGUAGAAUGUAGGAAUCUCAACAGACGUCAGUGUGCACCAGAAAAUAAUGAUUCUAGUGAGGAUACGGACGCUUCAGAGGAUGACGAAAAUGUGGAUGAUGAGGAUGAUGAAGAAGAAGCAGAAAAAAACGAAGAAGCAGAAGAAAACGAAGAUAAAGCAGAAGAUGUAAAAACAGAAAGCAACAAUGAGUCAAGAACAGUUUCACAUCAUCACGAGGAAGAGGCAGAGACUGAACCAAAGUCAUCCCAAUAAAUUAAAAUAUUUCAGCCAUGGAUUAUUUUACUACAAGGACUGGCAUAUAUUUUUCAACGCUGAUGACUGAUGAUGCAUAAACUGAAGGCUAUUCUGGGAAUAUCCGGUUUUGUAUAUGUAUCUAAAAAAAUAAGAAAAUUAUACAAAACAUUGUAUGUUUUUUUUAUGUAAACAGAACGAAUAAAAGAAUAUGUGCAACCUUAA